AUGGCUUCGGAAGCUGCUUCAAAUAGCAGCCUCCCUUUGGGGAAAUACCUUGCGUCGACAGACAAAAAGACGAGAGAUAAGGCGAUCAAAAACCUCGCUGCUUUCCUCUCUGACCCCUCCCGUGAUGCAUUGCCGAAGGCGGAGAUGACGAAGCUAUGGAAGGGCAUCUUCUACUGCUUCUGGAUGUCAGACAAGCCACUAGUUCAGCAAGCACUUGCAACAGAGAUUGCCGAAAUCCUCCUCACGAUCACAAACCUCUCUGUAUCGCUCGACUUCUUGCGUGGUUUUUGGGAGACGACCGUGCGAGAGUGGAACAACAUCGAUCGGCUACGAAUUGACAAGUACUACAUGCUUGUCCGCCGAUUCUCCAAUGCCUCGUUCAGGCUACUCAUGCGCGCCGAGUGGGACGAAGAGACAUGUAAAGAGUACAACUCCAUUUUGACUGACCGUGGAGGACCGCUAUGCCCGGAAGACAUCCGAGUUCCCACAAGUCUCGCAUACCACCUUGCCGACAUCUACCUCGAAGAACUCGACAAGGCGCUCGCAAACCCUCCCGCACCCUCACCGCCGCCCGCGCCCCUCACCACCCUUCUCGAGCCGUUCAUCACCCUCGCCGCACGCACCCCAACAAACACCACCUACCAGCGCAUGCAGUCCGCGCUCCUCGACCCGCUCUACACCGCGCUCGGCACCUCGUCCGACUCCGACGAGCCGCGCAGCAGCAAACGGCCGCGGCUCUCCACCCCGACGUACCCCAACCUCGUCUCCAACGCCUGUUCGACACAACCGAAGUCGGAGGGCGCGCUGAGCAGCUCGGCGCUGAAGAAGGCGCUGCUUAAGCGCAUGUUCGAGACCGCGAGCGAGCCCGAGACGCGCGACGCGAACCGGCGGAAACUGUACGCGCUCUGGAAGGAGCACAUGGAGGACGACGAGGACUCCGGGUCGGAAGCACGCAGUGUGGAUGGUAGCUAG